UAGAGCAGCUGUGAGGAACUCCAGUCACGUGGUGUUCCGCAGUCUCGGCUAGCAGCGAGGAGAGAAAAUGUCCGAAGGUGGGGAAGGGUGCGUGGUGAAGGUCCGGGGGCUGCCGUGGUCCUGUUCCACAGAUGAAAUCGAAAGCUUUUUCGUAGAAUCUAAAAUCUUAAACGGCACCCAUGGCAUCCACUUCAUAUAUACCAGAGAAGGAAGGCCAAGCGGGGAGGCAUUUGUGGAGUUUGAAACCGAGGAUGAUCUCAACCUAGCUCUGAAAAAAGACCGAGAGACCAUGGGCCAUAGAUAUGUGGAAGUUUUCAAGUCUAAUAAUGUAGAAAUGGACUGGGUUUUGAAGCAUACUGGUCCUAACAGCCCUGACACUGCAAACGAUGGCUUUGUUCGUUUAAGAGGCCUUCCAUUUGGCUGCAGUAAAGAAGAAAUUGUACAGUUCUUCUCAGGGUUGGAAAUCGUGCCAAAUGGGAUAACAUUGCCGGUGGACUUCCAGGGGAGGAGUACGGGGGAGGCCUUCGUGCAGUUUGCUUCACAGGAAAUAGCUGAAAAGGCUCUAAAGAAACACAAGGAGAGAAUAGGGCACAGGUACAUUGAGAUUUUUAAGAGCAGUAGAGCGGAGGUUCGUACACACUAUGAUCCUCCGAGGAAGCUCUUUGGCAUGCAGCGCCCAGGACCCUAUGACAGACCAGGUGCCGGUAGAGGUUACAGUGCCGCAGGGAGAGGAUUUGACCGCAUGAGGCGUGGAGCCUAUGGAGGAGGAUAUGGUGGAUAUGAGGAGUACAAUGGAUACAAUGAAUAUGGUUUUGGUGCAGAACAAAGAUUUGGAAGAGUGUCUGACCAAAGGUAUGGGGAUGGUUCCAAUUUUCAAAGUACAACAGGUCACUGUGUGCACAUGAGAGGUCUUCCUUACAGGGCAACAGAGACAGACAUUUAUACUUUCUUCUCUCCUUUGAAUCCAGUAAGAGUUCACAUUGAAAUUGGGGCAGAUGGAAGAGUCACUGGAGAAGCAGAUGUUGAAUUUGCAACACAUGAGGAUGCAGUGGCAGCAAUGUCUAAAGACAAAGCCAAUAUGCAACACCGAUAUGUUGAGUUGUUCCUUAAUUCAACGGCUGGUGGAUCUGGUGCUGCAUAUGGUGGGCAGAUGAUGGGUGGACUUGCAGGUACACAGUCAAAUUAUGGCAGCCCUGGGUCCCAGGCUUUGAGUGGCAGCUAUAGUGCAGGAUAUGGAAAUCAGGCUGGUUUAAGUGGUUAUGGUAACCAGAGUGGACUAAACAACAGUUACUAUGGCAGUGGAAGACAAGGAUCAAUGGGUGUAAAUGGGAUGGGUGCAAUGUCAAGCAAUAUGAGCAUGAGUGCUGCAUGGGGAAUGUAAACCUAGGGAAAAGGGCAUUUUUUUGUUUGUUUUUUAGGGGUUUUUUUUUUAUGUUCAGGACUGAGCUGAUGCUUUAUUGUGGGAUAAUUAUAUAUAUUUUGUUUUGUUACCUGGAAUGGUAACUACUUU